AUGAAGCUCAGUAACGUGGUAGUUUUUGCCCUUCUCGGUGCCGCCACAGCUGCGCCGACUCCCACUCUUAAUCAAGCGUCAACCGGAUCCAUUGGUAAGCGCGCUUCCAUCACGGAGACGUGCACCAUUGGGUACGCUAGCACCAAUGGAGGAACAACUGGUGGCAAGGGCGGAUCAACAACCACUGUGUCGACUCUGGCUCAGUUCACCAAGGCUGCCGAGUCGAGCGGCAAGCUCAACAUUGUCGUCAAAGGCUCUAUAUCUGGUAGCACAAAGGUGCUUGUUGCUUCAGACAAGACCAUUGUGGGUCAGAAAGGAUCCAGGAUCACUGGUGCCGGCCUUUACAUCAAGGGCGUUUCCAACGUCAUUGUUCGCAAUCUCGCCAUCUCGAAGGUCAAGGAGGCCUAUGGCGACGCCAUUGGUAUUGAGUCCUCGACGAACGUUUGGAUUGACCACGUUGAUGUAUCAUCCGAUGUGAGCAGUGGAAAAGACUACUACGAUGGACUCAUCGACAUCACCAAAGGUUCUGACUGGAUCACCAUUUCCAACUCGUACAUUCACGACCAUUACAAAACGUCGCUCCUUGGCCAUGUCAAUAUCAACACUAGCGAUAAGGGCAAACUCCAUGUUACCUAUGCGAACAACUACUGGAACAAUGUUAACUCGCGGAAUCCUUCAGUGCGAUUCGGUACCGUGCACAUUUACAACAACUACUACAACAAA